AGUUUGUAUUGACAAUUAGUCGUUUAAGCAUCAAAUGUAUACAGUUCAUGACGGACUGAAGAAAUAAAAAAAAAAACAGAUUUUGUGAGAGUGAUUUUAUGUGUCGCAGUCAAUUCGGAAAAUUAUUUUGAAGGAAAAAAGAAAUAUUUGUUGGAUAUUCGGUGAAAGGUUGUGAAUAUAACUGGAAUAUUUUGUGACUACAAUGUCUUCAGUUUCAACAUCAAGCAUCAGUGAAAUUAGCAUUGAGGACAUUCGGAAUAGAGAACCAGAUUUUGAACCCGAUCCAAUCAUAAUUAAAGACGAACGGGCCUCAAGUAUAUCGCCAAUGCUAACGCCACCACACACACCAACCGAAGACACUACUUCAACCAAUGGUAUAUUGCGACACAACCAAUUUUAUGACAUGGAACAAAUGCGACCUCAAUCGUCCAACCAACAGCAACAGCACCAGCCACAAUACCAAAGCAUUCAUCCCGUUCAUCCGAUUAUGGACAGCAACUAUAACUAUCAACACCAUCAACAGUAUCAGCACCAUCAACAUCGUCUGUGGCUGCAAGCGCAAAUUCAUAAUAAUCACGGUACACAUAUAUCGGUCGGAUACAAUAUGACCUAUCCGCCAGUCGGUCAUCAGUCGACACCCACUCAUCCGGCCAUGUUUAUGAACCAUUGGAUACGGAAUGCAACAUUGUACCAGCAACAGCAAUUCCAAACUGGUCGAUAUUCCACUGAAGCGCAGCGACUAAAUCCAUCUGCUCGUGGUGCUGUGAUUGGACCGAUCAAAGUAACAGGACCAAAUGGUACCAGACCAAAGAAACAAUUUAUUUGUAAAUAUUGCAAUCGACACUUUACCAAAUCCUACAAUCUACUUAUCCACGAACGUACGCAUACGGAUGAGCGACCGUAUUCCUGUGAUAUUUGCGGCAAGGCGUUCCGGCGACAGGACCAUUUAAGAGAUCAUCGGUACAUACAUUCGAAGGACAAACCGUUCAAGUGCAAUGAUUGCGGCAAAGGAUUUUGCCAGUCGAGAACAUUACAGGUGCACAAAGUAACUCAUUUGGAAGAGUCACCGCACAAAUGCCAGAUAUGCAACCGAACAUUCAACCAAAGAGCGAAUCUAAAAAAUCACAUGCAAAGCCACAGCGACGCCAGUCCAAUGGAGGAUAGUGAUGAUCAGUCAAGGACAGGUGCUGGACCAGUAUUAGACUUAUCGCAGAAAAAUUAUCCGACGUUACAUGUGGAGAAACCAGAGAAAAGUAGAGGAUUUUCAAUUGACGAAAUUUUGAGAAGAUAAAUUUUUAUGUUCUCUUGGUCGGGAGAUUAAGCCAUUAAAGUCAUACAUGAGCAAUGUUCCAUCGCCGCAUGUUUCCUUUUUGUAUAGGGUGUCAUCUCAGUGAAGAAUAGUAUCGAAAUGUGAAUAUAUUUCAGCAUACUUAGUCGAUAAGCUGAACGAAUUCGAUGGAAAGUAGUACACUCGUGCACAUUUGUUUUCAAAAAAUCAAAGAAUCCUCAAUCAAAUCCAUUUUUGUUAUUAUUCACCAAUGCACUAGAAUGAUAAAUUAGAAUGGUCAGAGGAGUACUGAGCACACAAAAGACCGAAAAAUGUAAGAAUUUGCUAGUCCAAACGAAUAAGAUCUUUAAUAUCGACCAGAAAAACUAAUAAAUUAUGAGGAAAGACGGAACAAAUUUUUCUACAAAAAUUACAUCGAACAAACUGUUAAGAAAGCUUUAAAUUCAGAAAUUUUAAUUAAAAUUAAAUAAUCGAUUGGUAUGUAUCGACCUCGGUUCCAGCCCUUCUUAUUAUAAAUUUCUUAAAGAAACGUUGGGCUCCGGUCCGGUCCGGUUUACCAAUUUUUUCAAUAUUUUUCCAAAAACUUUUUUUUUAUUUUGGAAACCUUUUGAGAAAAUUUAGGAAACUGGAAAAAUAUGAAGAAAAUGUUUUCCCUGGUUCCAACACUAUAACAGGAAGAAAAUGUAACCCUCUCAUACACCGCAAAAUCCUUUUCGAAAAACUGAUGAUUCAGGUUGUUUAUAGUAAUUUUACAUGUUUUUGUUUUCCCUAGGGUCGAAAGGAGCUUAUUACAGACCUAGGGAAAACACGAACGUUGGUUUAGGUUUCAAAAGCAUGUAAAAUCCAUUACAUAGCUCGGUAUAAAAAUGAAAAGUCUCGUUUUCGUGUGUUUAUUGUCAUUGGCUUCGCCUC